AUUGUAAGACUUUUGUUUUUUACUGGAAAGGUAAGAAGGGAAGCCAAAGUUCAAACCAAAGCCGGUUCAGGGCGGCCUUAGGAUUAGGAUCAGACAACGGGGCAAUGUUGGAUAAGGUGCAGAUGGGACCCAUUUCUCCCACUGAAAUUCUGGUCUAAGACUCUGAGUCUCUUGCCCCCAGCUUCACACAUCACCGCACAAGAAACCGCACCAAACCCAAACAACACACACAAAAAAAAAGGAAAGGUCCUAACUUUCUCCCCUCCUGCACCUGCAGGCUGCAACCGCCUCUGUCUCUCUGUCCAAGGAGCUUGGAUUUCAUCGGAACCAAAAUCCGGGUUGACCCCACGAUCCGAAAAGGCGAUCCAUGUUGACUAGGAAUUUCUUGCUUGUGCUUUGAUCUUUUUAAGGUGUUAGUGAUGGCGGUAAUCUACAUUGUUUUGGAGGGGAAUUGGUGAUGAACUGAUGAUGUGGUGCUGACUCACUUCAAUUUUUGAAAUUUUUUUCGACUUAUUAUACUUUCUGGUUCUGGAUCAUGUUCUUUAGUGCUUAUUAACUAAUUUGUGUAUGAAGUUUGAGAGUUUUUGGAAUGUGGGUUGAUUAGACUCUUGGAGGAUUUAACUGUACAAUGCAAAACAUUAGUGCUUUUUAGGUUAUACUUUUGUGUAUGAGAGCUGCGAUUUUGGGGAUUUUAUGGUGUUUGGUGUUGAGAAUUAUAGGAAAAUUGGAUGCUUUUUAGGUACAUUGUUGAGUUAUUUGAAGCUUUAUAGGUGAAGUGCAUUAUUAAGCUGUCAUUGGAUUUUAGAGGAUUACGUGUAAGGAGGCAUCAAUGUCGUUUAAGACCAUUUUCCAGGACAUGAAGGGGGAGUUGGGGAGUAUAUCCAGAAGAGGGUUUGAUGUGAAGUUUGGAUUUGGAAUGAAAUCGAGGUCAAACAGGGUAGUUCAGGAUAGCUCGGUUCCAGUUGAUACAUUCAAGCAGAGUUGUUGGGCAAACACGCCGCCUGAGCUUUUGAGGGAUAUAUUGAUGAGAAUAGAGGCAUCAGAGAGUGCUUGGCCUCCACGAAAGAAUGUGGUUGCUUGUGCUGGUGUAUGUAGGAAUUGGAGAGAGAUUAUGAAGGAAAUUGUGAAAACCCCAGAUAUUUCUGGCAAGUUGACAUUCCCAAUCUCAUUGAAGCAGCCUGGUCCAAGGGACUCCCUCCUUCAGUGUUACAUAAAACGGAAUCGUAGCAACCAAACAUAUUAUCUAUACCUUGGCUUGAAUCAAGCUUCUAAUGAUGAUGGAAAGUUCCUUCUUGCUGCAAGGAAGUGCCGCCGCACUACCUGCACUGAUUAUAUCAUCUCAUUAAAUGUCAAUGAUGUGUCAAAAGGAAGCAGUACCUACAUCGGAAAAUUGAGAUCAAACUUUUUGGGGACCAAAUUCACCAUCUAUGACGUACAGCCUCCAAAUGCUGGAGCCAAAGUUACUAAAAGUUGCUCAACCAGGCUAAUAAAUGUGAAAAAAGUUUCUCCUCGUGUCCCAGCUGGCAACUAUCCUGUAGGCCACAUCUCAUAUGAGUUGAAUGCCCUGGGUACCAGAGGUCCAAGGAGAAUGCAGUGCAUCAUGGAUGCCAUUCCUGCUUCUUCUAUUGAGCCUGGAGGUGUUGCUCCCACACAGACUGAAUUCCUACACGGUAAUCUGGAUGCCUUUCCAUCACUGCCGUUCUUUAGAUCAAAAUCAACCUGUGCAGAGAAUUUCCAAUCCAGAUCUUUGUCUGGCCAGAAAGAUGGAAUGCUGGUGUUGAGGAAUAAGGCACCCAGGUGGCAUGAACAACUCCAGUGCUGGUGUCUGAACUUCUACGGACGAGUGACAGUUGCUUCAGUCAAAAAUUUUCAGCUGGUUGCAUCUCCAGAGAAUGGUGUUGCUGGGCAGGAACAUGAGAAUGUCAUUCUCCAGUUCGGAAAAGUGGGGAAGGAUGUAUUCACUAUGGAUUAUCAGUAUCCAAUCUCAGCUUUUCAAGCAUUUGCCAUAUGCCUUAGUAGCUUUGACACUAAGAUUGCUUGUGAGUGAUUUCAAACAGAAGUAUCUUGCCAAUCCUGCCACGAGGCACUUUCAAUUAGCAUAGUAAUUGUAAGUUCGUAAUCCUGCAUUUGCUUGUGGAUCUUGAAAUAGUUGAAGCUCCUGGUUUUCAACUGCAGGUAUUGCCUGAUGCAAAAUAGUUGGUUUGCAAGGUAAUAGUCAUGCUAUGGACUUGGAAUGAUCUGCGACAAAGUUUCUAGGUACUUCAGUGCUUUCUGUUUUCUAUAUGAGCAGUUAGGAUUUAACUUUUUAGUUCGUUGCUGUACAUGUAAUUGUUUGUGUUAAGAGCGAGACAUGACCGCUAUACGUUGGUUGCAUGCUUUGCUAACAUGCUCGUCUCUUUGAUCAUUGAUUGUAGUGGUUUCUUGAAUUUGUUUAUGGAUUCCCUGUUGGACA